AUGGCUGCGAUGUUGAAACUUUGUACAUGGAACAUAAAUGGGAUUCGAUCAUUUCCUACACCAUUUAAGUCACACCUGGAUCAACUCGAGGCUGAUAUAAUAUGUCUUCAGGAGACUAAAGCAGGACGUGACCUGCCUGCUCACUAUAGUAGAGUUGAUGGAUAUAAUGCUUAUUUUGUUCACUGCAAAGCUAAACCAGGUUAUGCUGGCGUCAGUAUAUUUUGCAGAGAUCCACUCAGACCAAUCAGAGCAUACGAUAGCCUAUUGGAUUUACUUCCAUCCCAGGAUUUCGACAAAGCUCUCGAUUCUGAAGGACGGGCUCUUGUUCUCCAAUUCAAAACAGAUCUAUAUGAUAAAUUACUUUCUGUUAUAUCUGUCUACUGCCCCCGUGUCGAUUCCGAUAACCAGGAUCGUGCUGAAUUCAAAAUACAGUUUCUACAGCUGCUUCAUUCAGUUGUCCACAAAUUGAUUGAGAAUGGAAGUUAUGUUAUAUUAGCUGGCGACUUGAACAUUUGUCACAAGCCCAUAGAUCACUGUUGUCCGGAGUAUUACAUGGUUGAUUUGAAUAAACGGCUAGCUCAUCCAGACCGUAAGGAAGCUUUCACUUGCUGGAAUACCAAAACAGGAGCUCGGCAAACAAACUACGGUACACGCAUUGAUUAUAUUCUUUUCGAUAAGAGUCUGGUGGAUCUUUUCAUUGAGAAAGACGAGUCGAUUUCAGAUAUUAUGCAGCAUAUUGAGGGAUCUGACCAUUGUCCUGUUUGGGCUAAAGUUCCUCUCAAUAUUUCUACCAAAGAGUCUGGGUCUCUGCCAUCAUUAUGCUCGCAUUUCUGGCCACAGUGUCAGAAGCGUCAGUUGAGUUUGUUGGAAUUUGUAAAAAAAUGCGACAAAAUUGAAAGUAAGGUAUUUGCAAGCAGUGGUGUUGUGAACACUCAGGUACCUGAAGUCCGAGAUGGAAAAAGGAUUCGCCAAGCCCGUCUUGAUUUUGCAUUCAAGCCCAAGGAAAGCUCCCCAGAACCUAUGAAACCGCCAGUUUCCAUUAAGGAGGAAAGAGACGAGAAGGUCGUUUAUGACGAAUUGGACCUAGAGAGGGAAAUCGAGCAACGGAAGUCCACAACUGCAGCUUGGCAGAGUCUUCUCAACGGCGGCAAAAAGUCGAAAAUCGCUCCUCUGUGUUCGAGUCACGGAGAGCCCUGCGUGCUGCGUUGUGUUAAGCGAGCUGACAGUCGACAUCGUGGACGCGAGUUCUGGACCUGUGCUCGACCAAUUGGAGCACCCAAUAACCCCCUGGCCCGCUGUAACACAUUUUUUUGGAAGUAG